AUGGAUGUACCAGGUCACCUGGGAAUAAUGCUAGCCAGCAAUGUGUGUGGGCGGUGCAAGGCCCAGAAGAGGAAAUGUGACAAGCUGCUCCCAUCCUGCACACGGUGUGUCAACUUGCGGUUGUCCUGUGACUAUGACCUGCAUAUCUCGCGGGAGAUCAACGCUGUCUCUUCCAUCUCCGAGUUUCUCUUUUUCCACGUGCCGGUAGCUGCAGGGCAGCUGUGGUUACCGGCCAGUUUGCAGGCCACCACCCUUGAGAGAUGGACCCUGGACAUCGAUCGGUUUGUUGUGCGGUUAGUGAUGGCCAACUUGGGCGAGCCGAGAUCGCGGCUGCAUAGUGCUUUGAAAGUGUACUUUGACAGCGUCCAGCCCUGGUUGCCAGUGAUCCACGAACGAAAUUUCCGACAGCGACUCUCGCAACUUUUGAACAAGCCUCGUGCAGAUAAAGUAUUGCUCCUGCUAGUUAUCUAUCCGCUCAUUACGGAACGGGUCUCCGAGGCGCAUUAUCACCCAGAGCAGAGUCAAACUUACUACCUCUGCAAAUACCUCUUCUCCUUCCUGCAGCUCACCCGGCCACCGUGUCUUGAUAUGGUUGAGACCGGGCUGCUGUUUGUAGUGUACGAAUUGGGCAACUCGCUGUCUAUGCCGCCUGCGUCACCCCUCGUUCUCCAGGUGGUGACUGAUUUCCAGGCCCCACACGCCAUUCAACGGCUCGAGCCUGGUUCUGGUUUACCGGUGGAUGACCGGAUCUGGGACAGCCUUCCACCUACAGCAGCGGCCGAUGUUUUACAACCUUCAUUGUCUACCCCUGUAGAGACACCCCUCUAUUACUUCGCCCGCAAAGUCCAGACCGUUCAUUUGCUCGGACAAGUCCAGGCCUUGCGAGACGUCCCCGUAGACCUAUUACGUCCCGCAGAAUUCGACCGACUUGAGAAAUCGUCAUUGAUCCUAGCGCAGACCCUAUUCCAUCAAAACCCGGGAGAGUGGCUUGUCUUCUGUGGCGCGAAUGCUUUGGCUUUACUGGCUACAAUGACACUCCAGCAGGUCCGGACGUCUCGAGUCCAGAGGCUGCACGUGCCGCACGAAAUCGAGAAGGCUGCACUAGAUCUUUUGCUGCUUGUGAACAUUUCGAAUGAAUCUGUACCCAGUUCAAUGCCAUCGCGACGAAGGACAAUAUUGAUCUAG